GUCGAGGCUCUGAAAAGAGUAUAUAACUCCCAGCUCUGUUUGAUCCAGACCAGAAUGUCAGAAGGCUCUCAUCAUGUACCUGUUGAUGAUAGCUGUCUCUCUUCUGCUGAGCUUUGUUCCCGCUCAGAGUCGUCCUGUUGAGGACUUCAUUAAAAAGAUCUCUGGGAAGACUGGUAACUUCACUGAGAAAGAUUAUAUGCCAGUGUCAACUAUACAUGCCAACAAACAUGCAGGACAGAAAGUGAAUGGGCCCUUGAUCACGUUUGGAGACAUCGCCGUAUCAGCAGGCUUCAAGAAUGCAGAUCCGUGCACAGCUCGUGGAUGCAAAUGGGAGAGAAGCAGAAAUGGAUUAGUCUAUGUGCCCUACGUGAUCGCCAACCAGUACUCUCCAAAUGAAAUACAAGUGAUUAAACAAGGUUUACAGUCCUUUGCGGAUGUUUCCUGCAUUCGAUUUGUACCACAUGAAGGGCAGAGGGACUUUAUACACAUAAUGUCUAGUUCUGGUUGCUAUUCAUAUUUGGGGCGUCAAGGUGGAGGGCAGGUUGUUUCUCUACAGCGCUUUGGAUGUGUUUAUUACUACAUUGUUCAGCAUGAGCUCCUUCAUGCUCUCGGGUUCCAUCAUGAACAGAACCGCAGCGACCGUGACAACCACAUCCAAAUCCUUUAUCAGAACAUCAUACCUGCACAGCAGUACAAUUUCAGGAAAACACAAACCAAUAAUCUGGCAACCCCCUAUGACUACAACUCUGUGAUGCACUAUUCAAGGUACGCUUUCUCUAGGAACAACGAGCCAACCAUGGUUCCCAUUCCUAAUAGGAAUGCUGUGAUUGGUGAAGCACGAAGUAUGAGCCCCAAUGACAUCCUGCGGAUUAACAGACUUUACUGCAGUUGAAAUUCUGCCAGGCUGUAUGAAGGAUGCGUUUGAUGACAGUACUUAACUCUUUUUAAUAUCAUUCUUUUUAAAGGUUUCUAUUUUUGUUUUAGUUGAUUUUACUAUCUUUUAAAAAUUGGACACCUUUUAAAAUCAUUUUAAAAUUUGACACCUCUUAGUACAUAAUCUGUAAAGGUAAUGCUCACACGUUUGUGACAAAUCAACAAAAGGUGCAAGUAUUUUCAAAAUGGUCUUUCAAGGAGUCUUAUUGUUUUUUUGGUUUUUUUAUCUUAACUGUAGUUAGUGUGCUGUUUGAAAAUAAAAAUAUGCAAGGUGACUCUUA